AUGUCCACCAUUGAACAUCCAAUCGUCCUUCCCAUCAACACGGUGCCAAAUCACCAAACACACGUCAUGGCAGGUGUUCUCAUCGCCGUCGCCGGAUCGACCUUCAUCGAGAAAAUCCGCACCAAGCGGCAACAAAGGUAUUCUCGCAUUGAGGGAUCCCGUCGUCAAUCUCGAAUCCCGCAAUUCGACCAGACCGAACAGCUCGACAAGCACCACCUCGUUGAACAAGUCACGGAAAUUGUACACGAGCUGCCUCCAUACGAGCAAUGUGUCUCGGAACCAACCACAACGGCUACAGCACCUUCGUCACCGGUGACUCAGACCGUUGAUGUUCCAGCGUCGUCCCCUCCGCCGUACCGUCUGACAACCAGCAUUGAUGAGGUCAGACAAGACGAACAACAACAACAACAACAGCAACAACCCUCAACGCCGAUCGACAAGAAGAGGAGAUCAAUCGAUUUCAACCUGCGUCGCCUCUCCUCGUCGCUCAAGUUCACCACGCCGGACAUCCUCGCGGGAGUGUCGGCCGCGCACGAUUUCAAGCACCUGCUUCCAUGGUCACCUUGA